AUGGUGCAGCAGGUCUCUCGCGGCGGCGACACGAAUCGGCUGUCGACCGCCUUCGUGCGCGAGCACGACCAGGCCGUGCAGGCGCGCCGGCUGCGCGGCUCCGAGCCCUUUGGCUGCGCAGCGGCCGCGGCGGCGCCACUCGCGUUUGAGCCGGCCGGCGAGAGCCUGGGGCUUCCCACGCGGGCGCGCGUCGAGGGCGCGAGCGCGGCAGCUCAGGAGGCUGCCGAGCGAACCGCCUUUGAGGCGUGGCUCGCGUCGGUCCACGGCGGCUGCCGCGCCGACGCACUCUCGCCCUUUGAGCACAACUUGGAGGUGUGGCGCCAGCUGUGGCGCGUCGUCGAGCGGAGCGACGUCGUCUGCAUCGUGGCCGACGUGCGGAACCCACUGCUGCACGUGCCCGCCGCGCUGUACGAGCAUUGCGCCGCGCGGCCCUCGCUGCGCCUCGUCAUCGUCCUCUCAAAGGUCGACCUCAUCUCGCGCGAGGCGCUGGAGCGGUGGCGUGAGGCGCUGUCCCGCCGCUUCCCGCGCGCGCGGCUCGCCACCUUCUCCUCCAAGGGCAGGGAGGUCGGCGGCUCGCUAGGCGGAGGCGUCGCCUCGCGCCGAAAGGCGCUCGGCGCGCCGCUCUCGGCCGCGGGGCGACGCACGGUGCGCGAGUACGUCGAGGGCGUCGCAGAGGCGUGCGGCGUCCGCGACACAGUCACCGUCGGCUUCGUGGGCCAUCCAAACGUGGGCAAGACGUCCCUGCUCAACGCGUUGGUGGGCCGCAAGGUUGCAUCGGUCUCGCGCACGCCGGGCCACACGAAGCACCUCCAGACGUGGGAGCUGACGCCUCGCCUCACCAUCUGCGACUCGCCCGGCCUCGUCUUCCCCGUUGCCGGCGUGCGCGUGCACGGUGUCGACGCGAGCGCGCGCGCCGUGUACGAGUGCUGCGGCCUCUUUCCGAUUGCGCAGGUGCGCGAGGCCCUCUCGGCGGUGCGGCUGCUCUGGCACGCGCUCGACUUGCCGCGCAUGUACAACUUGCGCCCCGCAGAGCUCGACGACGACGAGGACGAGCUCUCGCCCUUCGGCUUCUGCGCCGCGCUCGCCGAGCGGAAGGGCUACCGCCUCGCCCGCGGCCGCGGCGCACUCGACAUCCACCGCGCGGGCCUCGAGGUGCUCAAGGAUUGCGUGGACGGCGCUGUCUGCCUCGCGUUUGCGCCGCCGGCCCCUGCUGCUGCCGCGCCAGACCCGCGGCCGACAGGGUGA